AUGACGAAACCAGCAUCCUUCAAACCCACUCUAAUAAUCCACGGCGGUGCCGGCAAUAUCCAACGCUCCAAACUCCCCCCCAGACCUCUACGCCGCCCACCACGCCUCCCUCCAAUCCUACCUCCGCUCAACACACACCCUCCUCAAAAAUGGCAGCACAGCCCUGAGACGCAGCCCGUCUUCACAACAGCCGGCACAAUCGAAAUGGAAGCCUCGGUAAUGGUGACAUCCCUGCACCAGGACAACGCAACACAACCAGGCUCUAUCAAACGCGGCGCAGGUGUGAUGGGGAUCCGUAACGUGCGUCAUCCGAUCUGUGUCGCGCGCGAAUCGCUCCUCAGAGCCGGUGUCGCCGCUGAUGGAUCUCCCAUAGAUGACGGAGGGAGUAUGCAUUCUCAACUGGUUGCUCCGUACGUUGAGACACUUGCUCGGGAUUGGGGGCUGGAGUUUUGUCCCGAUGAGUGGUUCUUCACGCAGAAGAGGUGGGAUGAGCACAUGAGGGGUUUGAAGGGGGAGGAGGAGCCUGUUUCGUUGAGUCAGGGGACUGUUGGUUGUGUCUGUCUUGAUCAGUGGGGGAAUCUGGCUGUUGCUACUAGUACUGGUGGUAUGACGAAUAAGCUGCCCGGCAGAAUUGGUGAUACGCCUACCUUGGGUGCUGGGUUCUGGGCUGAGGCUUGGGAUGAGAUCGUGUCGGGUGGUGGUGAGGCAGUGUCGGACGAUUCCUCGACAGGUGGUCUACUACAAGAGGCGAGGAAUUGGCUGGGGGAUUGUAUGCCGGCAUUCUUGCGAGAUCAGGCCUUGCCUGUUUACUCGUCCGUUUCGGGUGAUGAUUCCUCCCGCCGGUUGGACUUUGGGUCCGAGAAGGUUUGUCAUUCCUAUCGAUCAGCUCCUCAAUACAAUAAUCGGCGGGCCGUUGCGGUGUCUGGGACUGGGAAUGGAGACUCGUUCCUUCGGGUUGCGGCUGCGCGCACGACUGCUGCAAUGCUACGGUUCUCUUCGCCCGGCAGGUACCCUUCUGGUCUGGCUGACGCAGUGACGGCUAUUUCUGGGCCUGGUGGUGAGCUUCAACGUUCUGCUGGCUCUAGGUGGAAGAAAACUGGUGAGGGCGAAGGAGGUAUCAUCGGCAUAGAGGCAGAUCUUGCCCCUAUAAACAGUGCAUCGGAUGUCAAACUACGUCGGGGAAAGGUUGUAUUUGACUUCAAUUGUGGUGGUAUGUGGCGUGCUUGGGUGGAGGAUGCUGGUGGCAACGAAGUUGAGAGGAUUAUGGUCUUCCGAGAGCAAUAUCAAUAG